AUGGCCAACCGCGCCUCCCUCACUCCAUCGCUCCAAGCACCAACAAUAUCAUCCACAAACCCAAGCACAGCUUCCCUCCUCACUCCAGCCUUGCUCACACUCUCUUCUCCACCCCAAGCACAAGUCGACAUCAACGUCGUCGAGUACCUCUUGAUAGAAGCGACGCGCGCUCUUGCGGACUCGGCACGGGUUGCUCAGUCGAGUAAGGAUGCAGUUGAGCAAGCGAUGCGGGACGCUGGGUGGUUACCUGCCCCGGAUGCUGGGAAGGGGGAGACGACUGCUGCGGCGAGGGAAGCUGCUCUUGGACGGUUGAAGGACCAGGUGAGGGAGGAAGUGGAGCGCGCGAGGAGGGCGAAAAAGGAAGAUGAUGAUGAGGGAGCUGUACGUCUCCGACUGGAGAACAUGGGCGUGCAAGUCGGUGGGAACUUGGCGGAGAAGUUGUGCAGGGAUAGACAGAGGUUCACCGACCCGUUGGACAGCGUCAAGUUCCUCUGCAAAGAGAUCUGGCCCGCAGUAUGGGACAAGCAAGUCGAUAACCUACGCACCAACCACCGGGGCGUCUACGUAUUACAGGACACGUCCUUUCGACCUCUUGCGCGGUUGUCUUCACCCUUCGGCUCACAGGAGGCGAUCAAGCGUGCGAAACUCCAUCUUGCCUUUCCAUGCGGGAUUAUCAAGGGCGCUCUGGCGAGGUUAGGUCUGAACGGGAUGGUGACGGCAGAGGUGAACACGUUGCCACAAUGUACUUUCCAGAUCAAGAUACCGAAGAGUUCAUGA